UCGAAAAAAGUCGCCAGCCUUGUCAACACAACUACUUCCAACCUCAAUGCGACAACACGAUUUCAACGAUAUUCAAUCAACUCUGGCGACAUGAAUCUCUCCCUCGUCGAUCCCUUCGUACUCGCCCAAGAUUACCCAGAGUCUACAACAGGCAGUCUCCGCAGCGGCCACGCGACUUGUGUUAGAUUCAAUCGCAAAGGCGACUUCCUUGCUGCUGGCCGCGUCGAUGGCACAGUUGUGAUCUUUGACGUCGAGACUAAUGGAGUCGCGCGCAAGCUGAAAGGUCAUACGCGACAGGUCCAGUCUCUGAGUUGGUCAAGAGAUGGCAGAUAUCUGCUCACAGCCAGCCAAGAUUGGAAGUGCAAUAUCUGGGAUCUUUCGGACGGUAGUAUAGUGCGGAGUGUGAGGUUUGAAGCUCCUAUCUAUAUUGGAGAGCUACAUCCUUGGAAUCACUUCAAAUUCGUGGUCGCUCUUUUCGAUGACCAACCCCUCUUUGUUGAUGCGACGAAUCGCGAAGCGAUCAAGAUGACCCUUCCAUCUGCACCGAAGAGAACGAGAUAUGAUGAGGACGAAGCUACAACCGAUAAACAAGCCGCACAGGAUGCGAAGCAAAAUACGACUGUAGUUGUCUUCACUGCCUCGGGCGAGCAUGUUAUAUCUGGAACGAGCAAGGGCUGGUUGAACAUUAUAGAGCUAUCAACGAGGACUACGAUAUAUUCCACCAAGAUAUGCUCGGGUGUGGUCAUCUAUUUACGAGUUACGAGUUCAGGGCGAGAUGUGGUGCUCAAUGCAUCGGACAGAAUUAUUCGAACUAUACAACUUCCCAACCUCACAGCCGCAGAUCUUGACCCAGACACGAUCGAUAUGGAAGUUGAGCACAAAUUCCAGGACGUGGUCAAUCGGUUGAGCUGGAACCAUGUAUGCUUCAGUUCUACAGGUGAGUAUGUUACUGCGAGUACGUACAACAACCACGAUAUCUACAUCUGGGAACGAAAUCACGGCUCUUUGGUCAAGAUUCUUGAAGGUCCGAAGGAGGAGCACGGUGUUGUUGAAUGGCAUCCUCAUCGCCCCCUCAUUGCUGCGUGUGGUCUCGAAACAGGAAGAAUACACAUCUGGUCCAUUAUACCGCAGCAAAGAUGGUCUGCUCUGGCUCCCGACUUCGUUGAGGUUGAGGAGAAUGUCGAAUACAUUGAGCACGAAGAUGAAUUUGAUAUCCAUCCACAAGAGGAGAUCCACAAGCGAAGAUUGGAUCUUGAGGACGAAGAUAUCGAUGUCUUGACAAUUGAGCCGGUCAAGGGUAGCAUUAUCGAAGAGGAGAAUCCUUUCCGAAUGCCUGUCCAGCUGGAUCUUAAUGAUAGCGAUGGCGAGGAAGAAUUCAUCGCUAUAGGCAGAGGUGAAAUGCGGAGGAAGAGUCCAACGGAUGGUAGAGAUUAUACUUUGGAAGGAGAUGCGGUGGCGAGUGGUGAUGACAGGAAGUCGAAGACAAAGAAGAGGCGUUGAAGGUGUAUUGCUCACAUUCUGA